GCCGCAAAAAUCAAGCCCCAACAGGCAUGGCCAAGACUAAGCCCAGGGUUUACUUCGACAUGGAAGCGGACGGCGUCAAACUCGGCCGCAUCGUGAUGGAGUUGCGCUCAGACGUGGUCCCUCGAACGGCCGAGAACUUCAGAGCGCUGUGCACAGGAGAGAAGGGCUUCGGCUACAAGGGCUCCGUCUUCCAUCGGGUCAUACCAGGCUUCAUGUGCCAGGGGGGCGACUUCACCGACGGAGACGGCACGGGGGGCAAGUCCAUCUACGGCGAGACGUUCGAGGACGAGAACUUCGACCUGAAGCACACCGGACCCGGGAUCCUGUCCAUGGCGAACGCCGGCGAGGAUACCAACGGGUCGCAGUUCUUCCUGACCACGGCCAAGACCAAGUGGUUAGACGGCAAACACGUCGUCUUCGGCAGUGUCGUCGAGGGCAUGGACGUGGUGAAGAAGAUUGAGUCUUACGGUUCAAAGUCCGGCAAGACCUCCAAGAAGAUCGUCAUCGCCGACUGUGGAGAGAUGAAGUGA